AUGGUAAAACGAGACAUAAAUGCUAAAGUAACUACACUUAUUAUACUCGCCCAUCCGAUCGGAGCUUCGAUCGGGGCGAACCAUUUUCAGUAUAGAAUACAUACCUCACUGUGUCUGGCUGACUGGCUGACAGAGUUAGAGUUGGAAUCCUUUCCUUUCUUCACGAGUUUGGUACAGUCCAGUACUAAUUUUACUCAAAGCUGGGAGAAAAAAUUAAAAUCAUUUAAUAAAUCCAAGAAGUCGAUUAUACUACCAGUUAGUACGGCGUGCAAAAGUAAUUUACCAGCCACAAGUAUCAAAGGGAGAAGUUUGUUUGUUGCGAAUAAAAAAGCAUCAAAAUAUGUAUGGCAACAAAUAUCUUAUCGAAAGAAGGUGUGCUCGCCGCAACGCUUGCUUAUUGCAUGCCCCUGCCGAAAGAUAGGUCAGUUUCUAGUUUGUGAAACAUGUUGUCAAGACGAGAAGUGUGCACACAAAACUACGUUUAGGAGAUCUAAAACGAAACGAGUUAAAAAGUCAACGCAUCCCCAACCUCAACAACACCAAACUCUACAAAGAGGGGUAAAAGUCCUUCCACAACAAAAAAUACCAAACACAACUGUAUCGACAACCUCAACAACAACAAAAUCUACAAAGAAAAGUGUAAGUCCUUCCACAACAAAUAAUCAAAACACAACUUUAUCGACAACCUCAACAACAACAAAAUCUACAAAGAAAAGUGUAAGUCCUUCCACAACAUAUAAUCCAAACACAACUGUAUCGACAACCUCAACAACAACAAAAUCUACAAAGAAAAGUGUAAGUCCUUCCACAACAAAUAAUCCAAACACAACUGUAUCGACAACCUCAACAACAACAAAAUCUACAAAGAAAAGUGUAAGUCCUUCCACAACAUAUAAUCCAAACACAACUGUAUCGACAACCUCAACAACAACAAAAUCUACAAAGAAAAGUGUAAGUCCUUCCACAACAAAUAAUCCAAACACAACUGUAUCGACAACCUCAACAGCAACCAAAUCUACAAAGAGAAGUCUAAGUCCUUCCACAACAAAUAAUCCAAACACAACUGUGUCGACAACCUCAACAACAACAAAAUCUACAAAGAGAAGUCUAAGUCUUUCCACAACAAAUAAUCCAAACACAACUGUGUCGACAACCUCAACAACAACAAAAUCUACAAAGAGAAGUCUAAGUCCUUCCACAACAAAUAAUCCAAACACAACUGUAUCGACAACCUCAACAGCAACCAAAUCUACAAAGAGAAGUCUAAGUCUUUCCACAACAAAUAAUCCAAACACAACUGUGUCGACAACCUCAACAACAACCAAAUCUACAAAGAGUAGUGAAAGUCCUUCCACAACAAAUAAUCCAAACACAACUGUAUCGACAACCUCAACAACAACAAAAUCUACAAAGAGUAGUGAAAGUCCUUCCACAACAAAUAAUCCAAACACAACUGUAUCGACAACCUCAAAAACAACAAAAUCUACAAAGAGAAGUCUAAGUCCUUCCACAACAAAUAAUCCAAACACAACUGUGUCGACAACCUCAACAACAACAAAAUCUACAAAGAGAGGUGAAAGUCCUUCCACAACAAAUAAUCCAAGCACAACUGUGUCGACAACCUCAACAACAACCAAAUCUACAAAGAGUAGUGAAAGUCCUUCCACAACAAAUAAUCCAAACACAACUGUAUCGACAACCUCAACAACAACAAAAUCUACAAAGAGAAGUCUAAGUCCUUCCACAACAAAUAAUUCAAACACAACUGUAUCGACAACCUCAACAACAACAAAAUCUACAAAGAGAAGUCUAAGUCCUUCCACAACAAAUAAUCCAAACACAACUGUGUCGACAACCUCAACAACAACAAAUUCUACAAAGAGUAGUGUAAGUCCUUCCACAACAAAUAAUCCAAACACAACUGUGUCGACAACCUCAACAACAACCAAAUCUACAAAGAGUAGUGAAAGUCCUUCCACAACAAAUAAUCCAAACACAACUGUGUCGACAACCUCAACAACAACAAAAUCUACAAAGAGAAGUCUAAGUCCUUCCACAACAAAUAAUCCAAACACAACUGUAUCGACAACCUCAACAGCAACCAAUCUACAAAGAGAAGUCUAAGUCUUUCCACAACAAAUAAUCCAAACACAACUGUGUCGACAACCUCAACAACAACAAAAUCUACAAAGAGAAGUCUAAGUCCUUCCACAACAAAUAAUCCAAACACAACUGUAUCGACAACCUCAACAGCAACCAAAUCUACAAAGAGU